AUGGGUUGCGGUGCCACAACGGGCGUGAUAAGCACAGGGGAGAGCGCAGGUCAGGUUCCAGAUCAGAUGGAGCCACCGAAGAUUCGCCCAGUGGCGCCUCGUCGAAUCCAGCCACCGCCAGCACAAGGGAAAGCACCACCAAUGCAGCCCCUACCUUUGCACCCUUUGGUGCCCGUGGGACCUGUGGGUGCCGUUGAUGUGGCCGAUCCGGAUGACCCUUUGUUGAUGACACCAGUGGCAUCGUGGAAGGGCCGGCGUUCACAAAUGCAGCUGCCGUAUGGUGUGCCAUUGGCACCAGAUCGACAAAGCCACGAGGAGCAUCUUGUCCGGCUCAGCUUCUUUCGCAAGGAGGUGACGCAUGCGCCAACUGUGAUUUCGACGGUGGUGGAUAUCAAACGAGAUGAUCAUGAGCAAUUGCUGGGAGUUCUUCCAUUCUAA